ACGGGCGUUAUUCCCCGGCUGGCUUAGAUAAUAGUAGGGACCCUGCGCGGGGUGGCUGGAGGCGCUGCAGCCCUGCCCGCGGCUGCGGAGCCAAUGGCAGGAGCAGGGGCGGGGCGCGGCGGCCGCAGCUAAUCGCCCAGUGCUGGGCGAGCACAGUCGCUCGGAGCCGCGGAGAGGUCUGGGCGCCCGGAGCCCCCCGCGCCCGCAUCCAUCCCGCGCCUGCAUCCCUCCGCACCGCAUCCUCCGGGCUCGGCGGAGAAGCCUGAUGAAGUCCUCCGACAUCGAUCAGGAUUUAUUCACAGACAGUUACUGCAAGGUGUGCAGUGCACAGCUGAUAUCCGAGUCUCAGCGCGUGGCCCACUACGAGAGCCGGAAACAUGCGAGCAAAGUCAGACUCUAUUACAUGCUUCACCCGCGGGAUGGUGGGUGCCCAGCUAAGAGGCUCCGUUCAGAAAAUGGAAAUGAUGCUGACAUGGUGGAUAAGAACAAGUGUUGCACACUGUGUAACAUGUCUUUUACCUCAGCUGUGGUGGCUGACUCACAUUACCAAGGCAAAAUCCAUGCGAAAAGGUUAAAGCUGUUGCUAGGAGAGAAAACCCCAUUAAAGACCACAGCUCCACCCCUGAGUUCCCUGAAGCCUGCCAGGGCAGACACUGCACCUGUGACCACUUCCCCCUAUCAAAGAAGAGAUUCAGACAGAUACUGUGGGCUCUGUGCAGCUUGGUUUAAUAAUCCCCUGAUGGCUCAGCAACAUUAUGAUGGCAAGAAGCACAAAAAGAAUGCAGCAAGAGUCGCAUUAUUAGAACAACUUGGCACAACUUUGGAUAUGGCUGAACUACGAGGUCUGAGACGCAAUUACAGAUGUGCUAUCUGCAGUGUCUCUCUGAACUCCAUAGAACAGUACCACGCCCACCUGAAAGGGUCCAAGCACCAGGCCAACCUGAAGAAUAAGUAGUGAAGCAUCAAUCAAGAUGUAAGAAAAAUGUCAGGAUUUCUCUGCCAUGGAGAUUUGCUUACCACCUGAGGAGGAUUCUUUCUUGAACAAUGAACAUUUCUUAUGAGGAUUCACAAAUUAACAUAUGACUAAUUUUAGUUUUGGAGAGCAAAUGAAGUUUCUUUUUUUUUAAUUUUGUGGUAAGUUAAGACUUUGAAUGAAUUUUAUUUUUAUUCUUCAUGACAAUAUAUUUAGCACACAUCUUAAAUUAUAAUCCUAUAGCAAACAGUGGGGAUAUCAUUGAAACUUAGUGGAAAAUCUUAAUUUAUAAUUUAUUUAAGACUUCCUCAAGAAUAACUACUCUAUAAAAUCUUUGAUGAUUGUGAUGUAAAACACCUCCAUCGGAUUUUUUUCCAUAUUGAAUGUGAAUUAUGGUAGCAAUAUACAGAGCAGAACAAAUCACUAUUCAUGGAAAAUGGACACAAAUGCCAACCUUUCAUUGCACUUCAAAAUGUGAGCCAGGUCUGCCAUCCGAAGAAUGAGAAUGAGUAGGGUAAAUAAAAACUCCACACCCGUUUUUUUUUUCCUGAUCAUUCAAAGAGCAGUUUCUGAAGGUUAAGCCAAGUUCUCAUUGCAAGCUGCCAAAAUAAUAGCUUAGGAAAAGAAUUAAAUUUGCCUGCAUGGUGAUCCUCCUAGGCAAAAAUGUCUUAAUAGCUGUUGACCCUGAUGAAAUGUUUUCCCAACGGCAUCAAAAAGAAAAAAAAAAACUUUAAACCACAGAAUGCGAUGGAAAUUAAUUUCAAUGAAUUUGGCCUGAAUGGUGAGCUGUUAUGUGGAAUAUUGAAGGUUUGGAACACAGUGAGAGUAUUUUAAACAAAUGCCAUCCUCGGAUACAGUGAGAUUGCCUGUUUCCUUGCUUUCACACUGAAGUCCUCUGGCUGCACCAACAACACUCAGUCACUUUGGAGAUGACACCACUGACCAGUGGCCGCCCAGAAGAACUGCUCUGACCGGGAAAGCCUCUAAGUAUAAUUUUCAAAGUUCCUUGUCUAGGUUUCAUCCUUUUUCAUCAUGACUGAAUUUGGUGUUUUGCGGGCAGCCUACAAAGCAAGAUUACUUAACUUCUAUUUAUGAUGCUUCUCAGUACCCAUCUGGUGUCUGGCUGGGAUCCCCUUUGGAUAUUGUGACUAUGGUAAUUGAUUUCCUAGUGGCAGAGUUUUCUGGACCUCCGUUGUUUUCCCACCGAGAGCUGGGGUGGUGACAACUCAGUGAGCAAUAAAUGAAGUGACUUUAAAGUGCACAGAGUUCCGAAGGUGUUUGAGGUUUGGCACGGUCCCCUCGGGCAGGGCCCACUCAGGAUGAACCAGGGCUGACUGUCCUCCCGCCUUCAGAGGAAAGCCAGCACGCAUGCGCUGUCUGCUGGGAUGAAGGCGGCUCUGACGGAAGCAAUCUAUCCUUUGUUCUGGAAAGCACACCCUAGAGCUUCAAACCUCUAAUGAUGACUUUUCUUCUGAUAUGUAAAUUAAACAUUUGUUGAUUCUGCUGUAAAAUAAGUGCUAAGUAAAAGCAAAAGGAAACAAGUUCUUGUUUUUGCUGUGUUUAGUGAGUAUAUAUUUUUAAAAUAAGUUAAAAUGGAUGAACCUCUAAAGCUAGCUCUGCUUUGCUUUACUAGAGAGAUUAGGCUAAAUUCCUUAUAGCUUCUAGAUAUUGAAGUCGGAUUCCAGAAUUCCUCAUUUAAAUAUCAUUGCUGCUUUGCUACCUGACAAGCUAAAAUAAAAACAUGGCGGGAGGUGUAUGCCAUGUAUUUAAAGUAGAUUAUCAUUAUAGUGACAUAUUCAGCUUUAAGUAAAAAUGGUACAUUAACGUUACUUCAACCUAGGGAACCCUGGAAUGGAAACAUCCCUACUCAGGAAUUUGUGCUAUGAUGUUUUUGCCCUUACAUUGAGGCACCUUGAGGUACCAUGCUGUUACUAAUAGGCUUUCAUGCAGAAAAUGUUCCACCAGAGCUUUAGCGUCCCUCACUAAGCCCUAGCCUUCCCCUGACGUUGUUAAGCAGAGUUCUAUAGAGCACCCUCAGUUUCUGUUGCCUUUAGCCAUUUAUUUCCCUACUGCUUUUCUCUAUGUCCCAUAUAUGAGAGAUAUCAUUCUAUAUCUGACUAAACUUCAUUUAGCAUUGUCCUCUAGUGGCACAUGGUAUGAUUUCACCUUUUAUUCUGGCCAAGCAGUAGUCCAAAACGUGCACAUGCCAUCGCUUCUUUAUCAGUCAUCUUGGACACUCAAAAUGUUGCUGGGUCUUGGUUACUGUAAAUAGUGCUGUAAUGAACAUAGGAGCACAUCUGUCUUUUGGAAAUAGUGUUUCUGUGCUGCUGGGGUAGAUAUCAGGAAGUGUAAUUGCUGAGUUACAUAGAAACUCAAUUCUUAGUUAUUUUCAGAUGUGUAUUUUUUUUCCCAAGAGGCUGAACCAGGAGACAUUCCCAUCAACAGUGAACGAGGUUCCUUUUUUUUCUCCACAUCCAUGGGAGCAUUGUUGAUUUUGUUCUUUUUGAUGUGUACUGGUCUCACUGGUGUGAGGUGAUAACUCACCUUUUUUGAUUUUCCUGAUGAAAAUUGAUGGGGAACAUUAUCUUAAAUAUAUCUAUUGACCAACUGUCUUCUUUAAGAACACUUCUAUUUAUUUCUUCUCCCCAUUUUCUGACCAGAUACUUGUUUUGUUGAUAUCAUUAUUAAAUUUUAUCAAUGUAUUAUUUAUUUGGGAAAGUGGGGAAUGCUUUUAUUUGUUUAAUUGGGACCUGUUUAGCUUUCCAAUCUUUGUAAACUGAUGAGAGUGAGAUGUAAAGUAAACUUUUUCCUCAAAGCAGCCAAAUAGUUCUUAUCAGUAGGGAAGAAAGUCAUGCAUGCCUGCUGGCAUAGAAAACUGGUUCUUGAAGGGCUUUGAGAUUAGAGAGAUUCCAUGGAAAAUAAAACCAGUUUAGGCAUUUUCUAGAAAUCUUUAUUCAAAUGAAAUAGAAAGAACCCAAUUCACACGAAAAGGUGACAUUAUCCAUGUUAUCAUACCAUGCCAGAAUACCUGUAGUAAUAUCAACUAAACUAACUUAGUAACACCUAUGAAGUUUUGUUCUGUUGGGGGAAACGGGAUGACUCAAAAUUAACAUAAUAUAGAAGCCUAACAGUCUCCUUAAGGUGUCUCCUUAUAGUCUUUAUUAGUAUACUUGCUAAAUGCUUGAAAUCACAUACAUUUUAUGACGAUAAAGCACUCCUAAGAUUCUACCAACACAGUCUUUGCAGAGAUUUUUUUUUUUAAAUUAUUUAAGAAUAAAGAUAGCUUCAGGCAAAGCACCUGUGCCAGUGGCCACAAAUGCCUUUGUCAUGAAACCCAAAUUAGUGAGCUUUAAUUAUAUAGUCUCUACAUCCCAGCACACUAAUAAAUAUGAUCACAGUGCAAUCUGUUAGGUAGAAAGAACCAUAGUUAUUUCUUUUGCUGAUAAAAGUACUAAUAAAACCCUCAUCUGCAGUUUAACUACAAAGACUGAAGCCAUAGCAUAUAAACAUAAACUGAAACAACAUAAAAAACUUGGAACAAUUUUUUAACCUUUCUGUUGACAUGAAUUUAUUAGACUGAUAAGACCAAGAAAGCAAAAUUAUAAGCUAAAUGAAAAACACUCAUCAGUAAUCCUCUCAGUGAAAUCUGAACCCUGGAGGGUGGGGUGGGAUGAUGGGCACACUUCUCCCAAAGUUGGUAUUUGAAUGAGGUAUUUCUGACAGUUCACUAAAAAGCACAGUGGUUUAGAACUCCAAUAAGGAAAAAAAAAUUCUAUAUGGUCAGGUAAUAAAAUAACUACUUGCUCUAUAUUCUAUCCAAGAAAAAUAUUCUUUGUCCAUUUGGCCAACUUCUUUGUACAUAUUGUUGGAUUGUUGUUUGAUCAAUAUAUGGUAGGAACAGAUAUUUUUUCAGUUUCUUACUCAUUUAUUCAUGCUGAAGUCAUGCUAAACUACCUCAUUGGUUUGUGGUGUGGAUUAGCUUAAAAUAAAUGUGAAGUGCUUAAAAUAUAAAUUUCUGUAUAAUGCUACUAAAGUUUGUUUUCUAACUUAAGAUAAUAUGGAUAUUUCAUUAUAAUACAUAUCAUGACAAACUUAACUUUUAAUAUUUUGAUAUGUUGAUGAGAAAUAAAUCCUAUGAGUUCCAACGUGGAUUGAGAACACCAAACUCAAGCUUAGUAAAUAUGGGACCAGAGGAAACAAAAAGUAUCUGGAAACAAAACAGAAAGGCAGAAAGGUUUUCUUAAGAUUUUAAAGAUGUUAUCAGCAGGAGAUGUUGACAUUGGAUUAAAAAAUGCCAGUGAUUUAUAUUUAAAGAUUAAGCAGAAUAAAUUUAUGUCUAUGAUCUAUAAACCUUAAUAUAUUUACAUGUUGAGUAAAAGAUGAAGAAAAAGUCAUUGCUGGUUCUGAGUCCCUAUAGAUCAGCCUUCUUUAUCCACUGCCAGCCUACAGAUGUAGGAAAGUUGAAAACAACUGGUCUAAAAAUGACUUCGAUAUAACUGCAGUUCAUGGAUUGGUUUUCAGCACAGGUUCUAAAAAGGUAGAACGCUGCUAUAUAUACUGUGCAGAUGGAAAUCUGCCUUGAUUUGUGCCUUUCUAGAAAAAUGUAAAAUAUUGUUUAUUAAAUGGUAAGCCUAAAGAGAAAUAGAUGGAAUUGAAGUCUAACCAUUUCUUAGUCAUCCAAAGGAUUUAUGGCAACUAAUUAAAACAUAAUUUUACUGUUGGAUCCACUUUACUACCAUUUUUCUUUAUAAUGAAUUACUCCUUGGUUAUUAUUCUGAGAAGCAGUUUUAUUUGCUAAUUUAGAAUUCCCUCAUUUAAUUAUUAAUUCAUUCUGACCUUUAAAAACCACAUUUUAUAAUCUUCAAGUUAAAUAAGGGGGUUAAAUCUAAUUUUACCUGUCCCACAACUAUUAUUCAGAAGUUACACUAUUUCUGAAGAAUAUACAGACACCCGUUGUAAUGUGCUACAUUGAUUGCUUGGUUUAUUUGUUUGUCCACACCCUGCAGUGCACAGGGGUUUGGGGCAAGGAAGUGUGCUCUGAGUUGUUCCAGUCAUUGCUUGGCAAAUGUGUUACCAGAACUUAGAACUGGGAUUCCUGUGUGAGGAGCAUUUUCUCCAGCCUGCUGAGUUUUCUCUCUGGUUAUAAAGGUUUUUUCUGUUUAUUUAUUUUUCACUGUGUGGGGUCAUACUAGGUGAUGGUUAAGGGUUAUUCCAGCUCUGUGUUCAGGGUUUGCUCAUGGUAGUGCUCAUGAAAUUGUGAAGACCAGGGCUGAAACUCAGGUCGCCAGCAUACACAGCAUGUGGUUCACUUCCAUGUGCUGUAUCACUGGUUGCAUGCUAACUUUUGACAUCAAUUGCGAUUGUUAAAAAUUUGGACACAAGUUUCUUUAUUCCAUAGGUAGCUGGAAAGGAUCAGAAAGGCUGAUUUAAUUUAGAAAGUUGAAGUUCACUUUAAAGUUCAUUAUAGUGCAGUUAAUUUUGACUGGCUAAAAUAAGAGUCUCCUUUUAUUUAUUUUUUUAAGAAUGAUUGGUGUACACAGUAAUAAAUUCCUCUCUUACAUCUUUGCUCAUCAGUCUGAGAACUCUCAGCAUCUUUUCUACUUGAAGCAUUGUUAUUCAAAGGAUUAAGGGUUGUUGUAUAGAACCACCAGCAGUGAACAAGAUAAGUUAUCCUUGUGUCCAAUUCAGUGACCAAACAUUUUAAUAUGAAAGAUAAUUUUAUUGCAUAUUUUGCCUUGAAAUUUUCUUCAUAGAUGGAUGGGGUGUCAAUCUGUGUUUAUAAUGACAUUAGUACUAAUGAUUCUAUUGCAGUUAUGUCGAAUUAACUGUAUUUUUUUCAUGUUCCUAACACUUUGGUGUAAGUGGAGUACAAGAAGCUCAAAAUAGAAAAAUGGAUUAACCUUCCUAAUGUUAGAUCCAAGUAUGUUGUGAAUACUAUGUGCUAAUAUAGUAGUAUUAACAUAUUAAUAAUGUGUUAAUAUGGUAGUAGAAAUAUUUUUGAUUUUUUCAAAAUAUAAUAGCUUUGGUUCAUCUUGGGAAUGAUGGAAAAAAGGACAAUCAUAGUAUUAGGAAGGCAAUCUAGAUCCACUUCGUUCUCAAUAAAAUUACCAGAUUAUCAGAAAGCACAAUCUGUGGAGAAAAUGAUCCUUAACUUUACAUGUCCACAGUUUUUAGAUUUAGGAAAAUUAAUUAAUGGCUUUAACUCUUCCUCCUUUAUUUUCUGAAUUAAUUCUAUCUUCUAUUGCCAUGUUCAUCUUGUAUGAUUACAUUGAUUGGCUUGAUGAAGUACAAUUCAGGAAUUUGGAGUGGCAUUUCCAUACUCUUUCAUAAGCAUUUUUCUUAAAAUGACUGAUUAGUUGUGUUUCUAAAAAUAAUUAACAGGAAAAUAAACAUAUAGAGAGCUUUGCAAUUUUGGAAACAUGAUUUUGGUGGGUUUGGGGGUCACACAUGGCUGUAUCCAGGACUUACUCCUGGCUCUAUGCUCAGAGAUCAGUCCUGAUAGCACUUGGGGGACCAUAUGCAGUGCCAGUGAUAAAACUGGAGCCACCAGAGCGCUAGGCAAGUGCCUUUACUCCAUACUGACUCUCCACACCUGGACACAUAUCUCUAAGAGUAAUUACAUUUUAAGAACAAAUUAAUUUUGAUUAGAUUCAUUUUUAAAACAUCUGUCAUCAUGAAUUCCUAUCUUACUUGAUUUUAAUCCAGUAACAAGUCCAUCUCCUACAGCUUUACAUAAGUUACCAUCUUGGUGUUUUUUAGGUUGUAAAGAAUUUAAUUGUGAUAAAAGUUAAUCAUAUACUCUUUAAAUGGCACCUAAAAUAUGUGAUAAAACAAAAGUUUAACCGGAAGACUUCCAGCAAUGUUUACUUAUUUGAUAGUGUUGAGGAAUCAAUAAACUAAAUACUUGAAUUUCUUUUUUUUCUUUUUUUUUUUUUGCUUUUUGGGUCACACCUGGCGAUGUUCAGGCCUGACUCCUGGCUUUGCACUCAAGGAAUCACUCCUAGCAGUGCUCGGGGGACCAUAUAGGAUGCUGGGAAUCAAAACCCCGGGUCGGCCGCAUGCAAGGCAAAUGCCCUACAUGCUGUACUAUCGCUCCAGCCUCCUUGAAUUUCUUUUUUCAGUCACUCCCAUUCCAGAAACUUCCCAUCAUCCAAAAUGAAUUUUGAACUUCAAUCUGGGUGGACUUGGAUAUAGGAUGGUCACCCACUUUUGUAGGGUCAUGCAUGUCUUAGUUACUAUUAACAGUUUUCUGUGUCGAUGUUGAGUGUGAAUCAAGGUAUAGUUCCUUAUUAUUACUUGUUUCUGGGAUUUAAAAAUAAUUUUUUCACAAUUAUUUUUUAUCAGAAUUCUUCUGGAAAUAGAAACAGGUAUUGCUUUUAAGAAAAAAAAUUAAAAAUACAAGUUGGUCAUCUUUUUUCUCAUAAACUGUAAUAACAUAUCCACUUUAUAAUAUGUGCUGAAGGAGUUACACAUUACACAUUUGUACAGUAAUUAAGUGAUUACUAAAUACAAAGUUCUGGGAAAAGAGUUUACUAUAGGAAAAAUGAUGCAGGAUUGAAGAAAAAACAAUGUGGAAUAUAGUUUUGCUACUUUUUUUCAUUAAUGUUAACAAGGUAGGUAAUUUUCUGAGCUUUGGUUUCUUAAUAUUUUAAUGGGAUUAAUAUAUUUUAUUACAGUUAUAAAAUUAAACAACUAAUCCUGCAUUUAUUAUUUUUCUGUUUUGUGACAUCCAAACUAAUCAUUGUUCUAAAAAGUUGUUUUAUAUGAAUUCCAGAGAAACUUUUAGGAUUUUCAUCUUUUUAAGAUUUUUUUAAUGUUUUAAAUUUUAUUUUAAAUUACUGUUUAGUGUCCCAUUUCCUAAAUCUUUUUCUAAUUUUAAUUUUUUAAUUUUAUAAUGUUUUUCACAAUAAUUAAUUAUGUUCUAACACCAAACCCACCACUAUUGUUUUGAAUUUUCCCAGCGCCACCCAAGCCUGCCCUAAAGGCAGAUUCUAAAUAAUUUAUUUUGUAUCACUUGUUAAGAGUAAUCUGCUAAGAAUGUUCUAAAAGGUUUCCUUAGAGGAAAAUGUAUGAAGAUUGUAUUUCACCUUGAAGCCAUUAAGCACUUGUAUAAGAGAUUACUAACAUGUUGUUAUAGGCAUAUAUAUAUACAUAUACAUAUGUAUAUAUAUUAUAUGUGUGUAUUUGAUAGAAAUAUAUUUUUUGAGGAAAUAUAUUCAGUAACCUCAUGAGGUUAGUUGCCUUCUACUUUACACCCCAUCAAAUGUGGUAUGUUACUCUUGGUAUACCAGUGGCAUAGAGUAUAAGAUGUGCACACUCCAAGAAUUCUAAAUUUAAAAAAAAAAAUUAUUUUAAUGAACCACCAUGAGAUACAGUUACAGAUUUAUGAACUUUCAUGAUUGCAUUUUGAUCUUGAAAUCGUUUUUUCCUUUAAAAUUUUUUUAUUAGUGAAUCACUGUGAGGUACAGUUGCAAACUUAUGAACUUUCAUGUUUGCAUUUCAGUCAUACAGUAAAUUCUAAAUUUUUCAAUAGAUAUUACAGCUGGAGUUAGAAGCAUCUCUGCAGCUUGUUGCUCUCUUCUGAAAUUUAUUUGUGAGUCUCUGGAUCAUGGCCUUUAAUGAGCUUAUACAGUGCCAGAGACAGUUUUUGGGCAUGACUGCCAGGCUCUCAGAAGCACAGGGAGAUGGGAAGAGGUGGCAUUCCAAACUCCAUGCAAACUUGAAGAUUUUGGUCACAAAAUCUGCAUACCUGAGUUUUUCAGCAGAUUCAUUCUCAUGGGUGGCGAGCUCAUCCUGAGCCUGUGGAGAUCCGUAUGCGCAGUUCUCGAUUGGAUUCUUGAGGGUUUUGUCUGUUGUGGCUCCAAUGGGGCAGAUGAUGGGAUCACCCACCCCCUCCGGGGUACCACAAAUGAAUGAAUGAAUUCAGCCUGGCGUGGGGUGUGGAGAUGUCUUUUCGUCUUGUUGCUUCCUUCCAAGAUUUAUUUGUAAGUCUUAAUUUUCUCAACUUUCUUUAAUCACUUAAGCAUUAUUAUUUUUUAUAAAUAUGUGGUGAAAUAGGAGUGAACAUAGAAGAAAGUUACAGCUAGUAUAACUCCCAGGAGAAACAUCUUCUUAAGUGAGCAGAACCCAAAGUGUUCCAGAAGUUGUCAGAUAAAAAUUCUUGAGAUGUACUUGUUGUGUCUCAAGUCUGCUGCAUCUCCCAACUCCACCCCAGGCUCAAGUGUCUCUGCCAGAUUUCUGCCCAUUGAGCAUCAAUGCCCAAACUCAUUCUUCCUGUUGUGUUUACCCAGUCUAGGUCCCUACAUUUGCAGCUAGUGAGAGGGGCUUGUAAUCUGUUCUGCUCUAACAUAAAAUGAAAAGGCAUGAAGUUACUCCAUAUAUUACCUCAAGCGUAGCAGACUUCAGCAUGUGUUUAUAUAGUAUUGAGCAUAGAGUAGAUUGUGUAUACAUACAAAAAUAUAAUGUUGUUCUAUACUUUUCCCUUUAAAAAAUGAAUUUUGGUAUAAAUAGCACAGCUGUGGGUUAUCUCCCUUUAUUACUUUGUCUUAUAAUAGGAACCAUUUUGCUACUGGAUUUAUUACUGUCUACCUGUUUGAGUGUUAGUAAAUAUCAUUAUGACAUUGCUAAGAAAUAAGCUUUUGUAUUUCAGCCUAGCCAACUACAUAAAUCAACAUACUACCUAUUAUUCCCCUACUCCAAAAAGUUGUCUAAAUACAAAUGGACAUGAAAAUCUCAAACCACAACUCUCUAAAUAAUUUUACCACUUGGCACUGAGUUUUCUUCAUUGUUAGCUUGUUGGAAUUCUCUCUACUCAGAAAUUUGUUUUCUGAUUAAGUAUUGCCUUAUCAUUGAGAAAUUGGCCUAUUCUUGUAAGUAGGAGAAGAAAAGAAAAUUUACUGGAGGCAGAGUCUAUUUACUACUUUUCAGUUUAUUUGGGGAUACUGAAGGCUUAAAAGACCUACCUGACCCAGUCCCCAAAGCAGUGAGAGCCCUAUAUAGCAGAGUGAUAUAUACAAAGACAGUGUCACCUUUUACCUAUAUUCUUUUGUACCCAAACUAUUCUGAUUAUAUAUUUCAGUAGUAUCAGGUUUCAGUCUUCCUGUACAGCCCUCAAGGUGCUGAAAACUCUGCCCAGAUCUGGUUUUUUGGUCCCCAUCCUGAUAGCCAAAAUCUCCAUGAAAGUUGUAUUGAUUUCUCUGUACUCCUCAAUACUGGUCUACUGGUCUACAGACUCCUCCUUGAAGGAAUAAGUCAUGCUAUCCUCAUUUUCUCUCUGAACCAGUCAUGCUUAGCACACAUCUCUCUUUCUGCUUGUCUUCUCAUGAUCUGUAUAUGGGACAUUGGUAGUACCGGGAGAGGAUGGAGGUGAGGAAAACUAAGUUUCUUUGGUCUGCACAUGUAAUUAUCUGCUUUUGGGGGCCAUAUUUUAUGAUACACCCAGCUUGUAUGUGUUCUCUAGUCAUUUCUGUAAGUGUUUGGGGGACACUGUGAUCACAGGAAUUAUCAAACUCCCACUUGCAAAGCGAGCAUUCAGCCUGGCACUUUCCUAAUUUUUAAAGAUAUAGAUUUACUAGUUCAGUUAUUUAAAGGAGUUAAAAAUUAUUCUCAAUGCUACUCUUCUCUUUUUAAGAAAAGACAAAAUCAUGCAAUUUUCAGCUUUGUUAAUGGUUUUUAUGCUGAGUGAGUCAACCAGAAGAGAAGAGCAGAUACAGAAUUAUCUAAGGACAGAUACAGAAUUAUCUCUCUCAUGUGCAAGUAUGAAGAAGCAAAGUAGAGGAAUAACAAGAGACCCAAAGAGGCUGAAUCUAAGAACUGACCUACAGAACUGAGUUUACCAGGAUAGUGAGAUGAGCUUUGAGGCAGGGGGAGAGUGAAGAAGGACACCAACAUAAUAGUGGAUGGAAACAUACUCUGGAGAUGGGGAUAGUGUUGGGAUGUUGUACUAUGAAACCCUAUCAUUAUCAAUAGUAUAAAGUUGUAAAUCACACUGAACAUAUUCUUUAAAAUAAGUUCUAGAAAUAAUAUCACUUGAACUUGAAUUAGGAGGCACCAAGGUAUAAUAACAAUUGGCUAAAAUUGAGAAUCUAGAAUUCAGUGAUGCUUUAACAGUAAACGAAAGUACUUCCCUCUCUUCAGGUCCAGCUUUAUUGGGUGAAACAAGAAGUAGGUAUGGAACUAGAUGGUUCAGGUUUCUUUUUAAAAUUGGAAAUAAAUUGAAUAUUAAGGUGAUGGUGCAUAUUUAUUGUGGUAUGGAUUAAAGAAGUGUUAACUAUUUCAAGGUAAGCUCAGUAUUCUGGACUGUGAAUUAGGACAAAGAAAAAUGUAUACAACCAGAUGACAACAAAAAAUCACACUGAAGAUUCCUGCAUUGAUCAAUGAAAAUUAUAGUAACUUUUUCUUUGAAGAUUAUGCACUCAUAAACCCCCAACAAUGUUUGGGGAGUUCCUGUCAUUCUAUUCUGUGAUUUUUGUGGAAAUAGGAUGACAUUCUGGUAAAACCUCCAUUUAACUCUAAAAUAAUGUUUUUUUAUGUUAUUAUUACCUCAAUUUUGUCCAACAUAUUCUUAGUUUCAGCUUAUAGUGGGGGAUUAAUAUUAUGAUUAAUAUAUGAAACCACUAAUGAUUUAAACAAAGAAAUUAAAUUCAAUAUCAAAUCAAAGUAUAGCUCCUGGACAGAGUUGACUCCGUUCUAGCCGUAGUAGCAUGCCGACUAUUCUGCAGCCAGGUCUGGUCAAAAAUGCUACUGUGAAGUAACCAUCAGUAAUUUAUAAGAAGCAUCCUGUUUCCUCUCAGAGAUGCCUGAACAGAAUGGUCUGUUCAUGUUUUUCUUUCUGAAUCAGAAAGAAACAACACAUAUCAAGAAGGUCUUCGAGAAGAAACAAGGCCACAUUCUGCAUCCUAGGAUCCAUGGUUUCUGACAUGCUAGGAAAUACCUACAUGAGAGAAAAAAAUAGUAAAAGAGAAUAGCCAGUUAUUUGUUUCUUGAGAUGAUGCCGUGAAACCAGAGCAGGAGAGUAGGAGUCAUUAAUGUCCUUGGGCAGAAUUGCUUCCAGUCUCUGUCUCUAAAAUUUUUGCCCUUAGAAUCAGACUAUUGUAGAACCAGAAAUUAUACUCUGUUGUUAUAGCGCCUGCCCACUCUGUGCUGGAUGGGGCGAAGGAAAGAAUGGAAGGUGUUGGAACACAGAAAAAAAGGAGGCAACAUGAAUUGCUUGGGUAACAAUACCAGCACCAUGUAGCAUGAAAGCUCUCUGUGGGAAUGAAACUCUAUGUAAUAAUGGUUAUUAUACUAGAGAAUUUAAAUAACAGGGAGAGUUUGAAUCAAAUAUUUGACAACACUUAAAUACAAUGAGCAUGCAUUGAUUUCUUCUUUUAAAAGCUUUAUUUAAACAGAAGGAUGCAUAUGCUUUACACAAAUCCCUUGUAUUGCUUUAUAGAAGAAAUGCUUUAUCUGUUGUAAAUGACAGGUGCUGUCUCCUAAGUGGAGAAAAAUAUCCUUUGCAAGAAGAUGUUUUAGGAGAUUAUUCAAGUCAAUUCGCUCCUAAAUAACAAUAUUGGCAAACUGCCCAUAAUUACACUGGCAUAUCAAAUGACAGUAAUGUUCCUUGUAACUAUAAAGGCACUAUAAAUUCUGUUUUUGCCAAGCAGGAAAAUGGUGGGAAUGGGUGAGCCUCGGUAAAGCUGCUUUAUCUGUACUAAGCUCUGGAGUAUUAAGUGGUGGUGGUGGGGGGGAGGCGGUGGAGAAGGAAGGAAAGGAAAGUCUAAUUUAGGCAAAGUCAGGGCAAAAAUGAGCUUCAAGUAGUGUCCUUAGCAAUUGUACAGUAGCAUUGAGAUACAGUUGAGAAUUGAACUUUUUCAGUGUCACCCAAACUGAGAAAAGGCCAACAGUUUCCCAUGGCUGUGGUCAACCAUUUUCAUUAAGGCAGACAAAAGCUCUAACACCAGAUUACUUGUUCCAGUUUCACCAUUAAUUCUGACCCUGGGAAAAGUCUAUCUUAUUCUUUUUCUUUCUUUCUUUCUUUCUUUCUUUCUUUCUUUCUUUCUUUCUUUCUUUCUUUCUUUCUUUCUUUCUUUCUUUCUUUCUUUCUUUCUUUCUUUCUUUCUUUCUUUCUUUCUUUCUCUCUUUCUCUUUCUCUCUCUCCCUUUC